AUGGUACAUCAAUUUCCAACAGAACUUAUCGAGAACAUUGGGCUCCAUCUUGAUCAAAGUGGACGCUCAAACUUUGCAUCUACUUGCAGACAUAUCAGCAUUAUAAUGAUACCCAUGUUGUAUAGGGCCAUCAGUAUUGAUGCAAGCAAAAAAAUAUAUUCAAAUGAGGUUGUGGAUCCAUUCACUAUACCAAUAGAUAACACUUCAUUAUUAGUUCAUCCUUCUUGCAUUAGCAACAUAUAUGCUUUGAAAUUAUUUUUGAAAAAUCUUAUUAAAAACCCUCAUUAUGCUCGUUACAUUACAAAAAUAGUUUUCAAGCAUCAUAUUCCGGAUAUUGGAGAAUUUCAAUUGAUUCAAUAUUUGAAUAAAAUUAUUCCGAACAUGAUUGCGUUAAAAUCCUUCGCGUGGUUUAACUGCAAUUAUAAUAUUGAUUGGAGCAUUAUAACAAAAGUUCCAAGAUACGGGCUGUUGGUUGAAUUAGAUGGCAAUUUUAACUUGAACGAAAAGUCUAGAUUUGCGAAUAUAAGGCUGUUGAAUAUCUCGAAUUUCAAAACUACAUCAAAUCUUUCAAAUGUUGAUUUGUCUCAUUAUCCGAAUUUAAAGUUUCUCGUCAUAUCGAAGACACCAUCGCCAUCAAACAAAUUUCUUCAAAUUCCUGAGCACUCAAGCUCUACAACUCCAGAUGAUAUUGAUUGUAUUUCAAAAUUAUUUCAGGGUUCUUUGCUUUUGAAUCUUGAAUCUCUUACAUUGAAGGAUAUUCACUUGCGUCCUUCGGACUCUAAACUUUUGAUCAACUCUAUUAAUUCUUCCACGUUAAAGGAUUUAUCUCUCAUAAAUUGUCAUGAAGUGCUUUUUGAGGACGAUCAAGUUAUAAGGAGAACACCCCCUAAUUAUACGUUUCUAUCUGAUUUGAGCUUUCCGUACCUAGAGACAUUAAAUCUUAAAAUGACUAAUGAGUUGAACUUCAAUAUACCAACUUUGACUUUUAUGAGUCGUUUUAAGAAUCUUCAAAGAUUGAACCUUUACUUGCAAUACAACAGGGCGGAGAACAUAAAUCAAAACUUAGCAAUUACUUUGGAAAGUAUACCAAAUAAUAAACUCACUUUCUUAGACUUAAAGCUAGAUUUGCCCGAUAGCUUAUUGAAAUUUAAAGCCUUCGAUUAUAACAUUGAUGCAUUACGAAAGUUGUCAAACUUCAAAAAAUUGACGUAUCUCAGCCUUCAAAUAAAUCAAUACCAGAUCACAAAUUUGUUCAAACUUGUGGAGCCAUUGAAGGAAUUGAAAUGUCUCAAGCUAAAUCUAGAUGAUUCGAAAUUGAAUAAAUCGAAAUCUCCCGAAAAUUCUUUGAUAAAUGCAGAAGUAUUACAGUUCAAUAGCACACUCAAGAGUGAUAACUUCUAUCAUUUUAAUAACUUGGCGAGGGAUUUCAAAUCAUAUUUACCAAAAUUGAAGUGGGUACAGUUUUAUAAUAACUGUAUUGAAGAUUAUAUAUUCGAGUGUGUUGAUGGUCAUGUGCAAUAUAGAGAAGGUAUUAGUAAAGUCUUCAGUUUUAUCAUUAACCAAGUACUUUACACUUGA